AAUGGAGCUUCUCUAUCUGCUCUGCUCAAUCAUCUCCACCUUCCUCACUUCCCUCACUCUCUCCCUCCUCCUCCCACUCCGUAUUCUCCUCCGCCGCCUCUCCCCCUCCUCCUCCUCCGCCGUAUCCCUCUACCAAGGAACCGUCUUUCACGAGCGGCGCCGCCCCGUCCACCACUCCUUCCGCUAUUCCGUCCGCUACGCCCUCAUCGACCUCGACGACUCCCCCCACGCUCUCCCCAACCACCUCUCCUCCGACGAGGCUCGCCGCAUUUCCGGCACCUCUGGUCGAGCUUUGCUUUUGACGAUUCCUGAAAGCGUGGGAUAUGAGGAGAACCCUUUGAGCUUGUACUACUGUUAUGAUGAUCAGACUUUGAAGAAUUGCAUUGCUGAGGUUACCAAUACGCCAUGGGGAGAAAGAGUGUUGUUUGUUUUCGACCCGAAUUCUGAUUUAGUGGCCAAACCACUACAUGUCAGUCCUUUUAUGGACAUGAUUGGGAAUUGGAAUAUCAGAACAAAUGCUCCUGAUGAUACUCUGUUCGUUUCAAUUUCAGUUCAACACCCUGACCUUGGAAACUAUUUUACAGCUACCCUAAAAGCUAAAAGGGUACCCUCAUCAUUGGUGUCUGAUCAUGCACUGUUUUUCUGGUUGAUGCCACAUAAGGUUGCAGUGUGGAUAUAUUGGCAUGCCUUUAAACUAUGGUGGAAGAAUGUGGCAUUUAUCCAACACCCAAGGUACACCAGCCCUGGAUAUAGGGAGGAAGCUCUAGUUCGUAACCAGAAACUUCAAUGCUGCCCAGCUAUUCGAUUGGAUAAAGAGAAACAUCUGCAGUUUGAAGGAAGUAGUCAAGGAUGUAGAGUUAACAAUGAAAACGAGUCUCGUUAUAUUAAAUGGAGAGAUGCUAAGUGGCCUUGGUCUUGACUCCUAAUUGUUGUAGGAGUUUGUGUUUUCAUGUAUGUUUACAUUGCAUCAAGUGUUUUGUUUAGGAUAAUUCCAUUGGAAAUGCAUGGUAAUAUACUCAUUAAUUGAAUAACCGCAUGAAAACUUGGUCCAUUUGUACAAAGAAUUAAAGUUGCUGUGAAUAUCUGUUUCCUAAUAAAGUUGAUGCUGCUAAUCA